AUGUUGGUAGGGCAGCAGGGCGCACGGGCUGCACAGGGCAGCAGGGCAGCAGGGCGCGCGGGGCGCACAGGGCUGCAGGGCGCGCGGGGCGCACAGGGCAGCAGGGCAGCAGGGCGCACGGGGCGCACAGGGCAGCAGGGCGCGCAGGGCACAGCAGGGCUGGCGGGUUGGCCACACCCGCCACCCCCAUACCCUCCCCCACUGCUGCACCCGCAGCAGAGAGAUGGGGGAGGGGGCGGGGGGGCAGGCAGGUGCUGCAGGUCCCCUCCCCCCACUGCCGCAUCCGCACCAGGGGGAUGGCAGAUCCCCUCCCCCCACUGCUGUACCCGCAGCAGGGGGAGGUAG